GGAGUGUUUUGACGUCUGGAAAAGAUCAUGGUGCAGUGCCUAGACGGAUUAAAGCAUUUGUGUGCUGCUAUAGCAAACUGUUGUGAUGCAGAUUUGUAUAAGCAACCCAGAGGGCUGGAAGAUCCAGAAGUUCUUGCAAGGGAAACAGUGUUUAGUGUGAGUGAAAUAGAAGCGCUGUAUGAACUGUUUAAGAAGAUCAGCAGUGCAGUGAUUGAUGACGGGCUGAUCAAUAAGGAAGAAUUUCAACUAGCAUUAUUCAAGACAAAUAAAAAGGAAAGCCUAUUCGCAGAUCGGGUAUUUGACUUAUUUGACACAAAGCACAAUGGAAUAUUAGAUUUUGAGGAGUUUGCACGCGCUCUCUCUGUAUUUCACCCCAAUGCACCAAUUGAUGAUAAGAUUGAAUUUUCAUUCCAACUGUAUGAUCUCAAACAGCAAGGGUUUAUUGAGAGACAGGAGGUAAAGCAAAUGGUAGUGGCUACACUUGCUGAAUCUGGUAUGAAUCUGUCGGAUGAUGUAAUAGAGAGCAUUAUUGAUAAGACAUUUGAGGAGGCUGAUACUAAGCAUGACGGGAAGAUUGAUAAAGAAGAAUGGCGAAGCCUUGUUUUGCGACAUCCCUCUCUUUUGAAGAAUAUGACUCUCCAGUAUCUCAAGGACAUCACCACCACAUUCCCAAGUUUUGUGUUUCACUCACAAGUUGAUGAUACCUGAGUUGUAGAUGUGAACAAGUUUUACUGAUGUAGUUUAAAAGAAAUGUGCGGUCGUGCGUGCCAAGGUUUCCUAGAUAUAGGGAGAAUGUCAUCUUGUGUUUUAGAGCUGCAAUGACUAGAGCAUGCUCUCCAUUUUGCAUUAGAUUAGAUUUCUACCUGGAACAAAUCGGUUCCUGCUGUUGUUUCUUUCUUUCUUGCGUUUGAAUGGGGUAAAUUUCAUGCUUGCAAUUAAGCUUUGAUUUAGUUUUUUGA